AUGCCGCCUUCCCAUUUCGAAUCGAGCGCAACCAGCUCCAAGACCAUUUGCGACCAUGAAGGGCACAGUGCGCAUGAGCGGACUUAGCUGCUCCCUUUUUUGUCCGAGCCCAGCUAUUAGCAUCGCAGCGCCUGCGCAAUAGAGGCGCCUUCUCCGUAGCUUCGGCCUUUUCAGCAUCCGGGGCCUAAGCCCGUGUUUUUGUUUACUUGGUACGGAAAGGGGCGGUUCGGCUUUCUUUCCGCUGGAGGCGAGUCGGCCAGGGCGGCGGCGGCGGCUUUUUCCUUAGAGCCGGUUGUCUCAAGAGCGCUUCUGAGGCGAAGUAAGUGCGGACGGGGCACCCGCCCGCCCCAUCCCGUCGCUGGGGCGGUUGGAGCGGCCGGGAGGGAGACGGGAGCUGCGUCUCUGGCGGGCAGCCGCUGGGCCCACAGGGGUGUGUCGGGCUGGAGAUGGGGCGCGGAGCGCCGCCGUGCAGCGCCGAGGCUCAGCUUCUUUAUUCCAAGCCCCAAUAAGUUCCGUGGGACUUCAUCCUCGGGAAGUGUGUUUCGGGCGACGGCCUUCCAUCAGUUUCCCCCUCGCCGUCCGUUUCACUCGGAAGUCCCGUUGGAUUUGCUCCCGAGGAAGCGCAUUUUAGAUCGCAGCCUCCAAACUGGCCGUUGCCAUCCGCUUUACUUGGAGGAAAGCCUCACUGGAUUCAGUGGGGCUUACUCGUGAGGAAAUGAGUUUUCCAUAGCAGCCUUCCUGAAGCUGGCCUGUCCAGCCUUCCAAAUUAGCCCUCCCCAUCUCUUUUGCACUGAAUUCAGUGGGGUCUGUUCCUUUACUCACAAGCCCCAUUGAAAUCAGUGGGAUGUGCGCCUCGGGAAGUGGAUUUAGAGCAGCAGCCUUAGAGACUUGGAUUGGGUAUCCAACCAUCAUUUGGCCAGUACCACUCUCUUUACUCUGAGAAAUAGAUUCCUUUCAGUUGAAUGGGUUUUUGUUUCCCAGCCUUAAUAGAGCUUUUGUUUGGUUUGAUCUGCCAUCCAUCAAUUAGCCAGUUUCAUCUAUUUUGGAUGACUUUCUGUUCGCCGCCUCUAACCCAUAAUAUGAUCCCUGGGAUUUGGAUGGGACAGGGACCACCAGGAUGAAAGCACUUCCCCUGCAAAUGGGUGGGUGGCAGGAGAUAUCCAGCUCCAUCUAAUUCUUGAGAUUUGUAUAUACCUACUAGUAGGUUCUUUGGCUGACCUGCAGGUUAAAUCAUGGUAAAUUUACUCAGGAGUAGCUCCAUUAUGUUCAAAGUUACUGAAUUUUAAGAAGGUAUGCACAGAACUGCCCUGCACACACUUUCUUGGGAGGAAGCUUCAUUCAACACAGGGGUGGUGGCAUGGCUAUAGCUAGGAUUUUUGUUGGGGGGGGGCACAGAACUGACAUGAUGUGUCAGCUAAUCCUUAAUAAAAUAUUAAAAAAAAAAAAAAGUAUUUCCAUAGUUUUACUUGUUCGUGGCGGGGGAGCUGCCCCUCCUUGGCUACGCCCAUGGAUGGUGGGAAUUGGAAUCUCAGCACUAUUUGGAGACCAUCCAAUUAGGGAAGGCUGAACUUAUUACGAACUAUUGCUUUGAUAGUUCCAUGGGGUCACGAAGAGUCGGACACGACUAUACAACAACAACAAUUGCUUUGAGGAGGUUAAUUCUCAGUUAUGGUGUCUGGGUAGUAGCCUGAUUAUUAACUAAGAAUCGCCAGACAAGCACAGGGCAAGGUAGCUGUGGCUUGCCUGUACAGUUCCAGAUCCUUUCAUCCAUCCCCUGCUCCUGUGUGCAGUGCAGUACAGUAGAAUCCUUCUCAUUUCUUCUCCUUUAAACAAGUAUAUUCCCCACCCCUUGUUGAAAGGAUACCUCUUUGGAAUUCAGCUUCCCAAUUGUGAGGCUCUCUUGCUUUGUUUUCUGGCUAUCCUUGAUUGCAAGUGAAGUAUUAACUUCUUUUGGAACAUUUGAACAUUGCAUUUCUCACAUCCCUAGCAGUAUUUCAGCUACAUUUGUGUGCUGCUUUUGUGUUUAUUUUCUUAUGUGUCUGAUUUUAUCUUUUAUUCUCUUACUGAUAUUUGUAACAUUGUGUUGUUUUUAAAAAUGGUUUUAAUGUAUUUUUAGAAAUGUCUUUGAGAUUUAUUUGUAAAUGGUAAGUGAUAUAAGAAUAGGUUUAAAUAAAUUCUUCUCACUUCAAAUGCAAUUAAUACAUUUAAAGCCACACACCUAAACAGAAGUUGAGAAACAAAUUUCAUUUUCUCUCCUAGGUUUUCCAAAACUCAAAUAUGUCUGGGUUUCUUGAAAACAUGAGAUGCUCUGAGUGUGUUGACUGGGGAGAAAAACGAAAUACAAUAGCUUCUAUUGCUGCAGGAGUGCUGGUAUGUAUACUUAAAUCUCUUGUUUAUAUUUCUGUUUUUCUUAAGUUUUGCAGUGUUGGAUCCUCCUCAUUUGUAAAUUUGUGCAUGUUAAAAGCCCACUUUAGUUUAAUGGAAUAAAACUGUGCAUAUAUACAUUACAAAUGGGUAGCUCUGCUAGCAUACUAUAUUAAAAACAAGAAAGCAUAUUGUACUUUAAAGUGUACCACUUCUCUGGUGACUAGAACCUGCUUUGUCAGAUGCAGUAAGUGGUGUUUGUUGGCAGAUAUAAAGAUAUAUACGUGUGUACAAAACAGACAGAAAGGGCACAAUAUAUAAGAGGUACUGUAUGUUACAACAUUAUAAGAAGCCCAAAUGUGUGCAGGAUAAAAAUAGCAACCCAUUCACACAAUAGUAAUUGGUGAUGGCUGUGUCUUCCUAGUUUCUCUGUGGAAAUUUAACACCUGUAGCAAAAAGAAACCCACAGCUUCAGUUAAACUGAAACUAAAUAGAAUCAAAUCUGAUAUUUCUAGUUCACCAGUUCCAUACUGGAGCUUCUAGGAUCAGUUUAUUGAAUUUGACUUUGUGGUUGACUGAGCAUCAGAACGACCUGGGCAACUGAAAUGUUUUGCCACCGGCUUCUGAUUGUUGCCAUUAUUGAUGUCUGAUAGAGUGGUCAUAGUAGCUUUACAGCAACAUUGUAUUGAAGAUCAUGUUGGAAACUUGUGUGUUCAAAUAGUUCUUUACAGGUUGGUGGAUUAUCAUAGAUGCAGCUGUUAAAUAUCCACAUUCAGAUGACUUCAACCAUUCAUACCAUGCUUGUGGAGUGAUAGCUACAGUUGCAUUCCUAAUGUAGGUACUACUAAUAUUCUUACAGAAUUUGAAUAAGAAUGCAUAUUGUAAAAAUGCUAGUUGGAUUUCUUAUAUUUAAUAAAUUAUAAAAAACUUGCUUUGACUUAUAAAAUGAACCCAUUACUUGUUGAUAUGGAUUAUGGGAUAUAGGUUCCAAGAUGCAGGCUAAUGAACUAAAAGUACUUGCACUGUGUUAGCAUAGGAUGGCUGUUUUGUAGCCUAAUCCUAGGUAUACUAACAUAGAAGCAGUGUUGUGGGUUUUUCAGAUUUGAACUGGCAAAAUUUCCUAUCCAUAUUAGGGUAAUUUGCGUGGGAGGACCCUAUGGGCUGAUCAAAUUUAGCAUAUUUAUUUUACUUGUAUUUAGUAAACAAAACUUUAAAAAAUGAAACUGCCUAGCUUGUCUUAUAUUGUAUUUGCAGUGGGCAUCCAUUCAUUGUUACUAAGGAACUUAUGAAAUGGAAAUAUUUUCCACGAAAAGUAGAAACUUGCCCAGAAUUUUUUUUGCUCCUACAUCAGUGUUCAGAAAUCCACCCCACUGAGCUUAGUGGGGCUUACUCUCAAAUAAGUGGCCAUGGCAUUGAAGCCCUUGUACUGUUUUAGGGUCAGGAGAAAUUUAUACUAGUCUUUUAUUUAAUCAUAAUGAUUUAAAAUUAUUAUGCUGAUUCUGGCAUGGAACCUGACAGUACUGAGGUUCUGAGGCUAUAUAAUGAAAAGGCACAAACAUGAGAAAAGCAAUGUUCAGAAUUUGAGAACAUAUCUGGACUUACAAGCAUGCAACAGGGGUGGUUUAUGUUUUGUUUUAUCCUAGAAUAGCACAGCUUUACCUUCCAUUUUAUAGCUUAAUGAGUUUCCCCGGUGACCCAUAGUGUCUGUCUCGAUUAUAUCAGAAUGUAGUAUGGUCUGGGUUAUCUCUAUACUGGCAUGAUGUAAUCUUGAGUAAGAAACUCCCAGACUGCUUGCUUGACUAUGGAGGGGGUGAGUGAAUUAUGGCUGUCAGCCUCCUCUGGAGGAGUGAUGGGAGAGCCAGCUGUAUGCCAUCUACCCUCCUCCCACCCUCUAAACUGUAUUUAAGCCAGGCUCCUUUGAGUGCAGCAAGACCAGUACCAGAAAUUUCAUUGUCUGUUAACUCUGGUUUUGCUUAUUAUUUAUGUAUUUUAAGCUAGAUUGUGUUUUUUGUUUAGUCUGUAUUUCAAGGUUUUGAAUCUUGUGAGCUGCUUUGGGCAUAGCAUAUUGUGCAAAAGCAGCAUAUAAGUAAACUCAAUCAAUCAGUUCAGGGAGGGGGCGGUCAGUGGUGUUAAGAUUCCUGAGCUGUGAAGCUUUAGUCUUCUGUGUUUGAUUGUACACAUUGAAAUUUGAGAAUAACUGCAGGCUUGUAGACAAUUGAUGUUUUGCAGUUGUGAUUCCUACUUCAGUGAUAAGAUUCCCACUUAGUACUUGACUAAUCUGUUUUGAGCUGCUUGAAUUGUUCUUCAGAACAGCUGAUUCCCAAAUGCAAGGUAGUAUUGAGGUAUAUGGAGAAUUACUGUCAUUGCUUCAUAGAAAGCUGGUAAAGCAUAGCAGCUAAGAGUCUGAGUUAUGGAGCAGGAAGACUCUACCUUGAGUAUGUUAUGAAUUCACCAGGUCACAUUAGGCAAGACCCACACUACAGUAUGGAUAUAAAGGAUAAUGCAUGUGAAGCAGAUUGUAAUGCUAAACAGUUCUAUACAAAUGCCAAGUAUCUGAAUGUGAUAUGUUAUGUUCUUAUUAAUGAAGGAUCAAUGCAGUAUCCAAUGGACAAGUGCGUGGGGACAGUUACAGUGAAGGUUGCCUUGGGCAAACAGGUAAUCUUAACAAAUAAAAAUUAUUAAAAAGUGUGUGGGUGUAAGAGAGAAAGAGCGCUGCUAGGGGUGGGCGAUAUCUGGUUUUCAACACCACGAUAUAUCACCAGCUAAAUAUCACAAUAUCUCAAUAUAUCAAUACAUAUAUCUGCAGCAGCGGAGGGCCUUGCUGGGCCUCCCCGCAGUGGCAGGUGAUCCCACCAUACACUGCGCUUCCCCGCAGCAGCAGAGGGCCUUGACGAGGCUCCCUGUGGCAGGGUUAGAAAGUAGUAGAUUUAAUAAAAAUAUUAAAUAAGCAUCCAUAUAAUAUAUUUAAGAUAUUUUCAACUAAGUGAUCUGUUUUGCUGUAAAGCACAUCCCAAAAUAGAUGUGCAUUGCAAUUGCCAUGAGUGCAAUUUCCCAACAAAUGCACGGCUCUGAUUAUGUAUAUCUUAAUGCAGCCUUUCUGGUUAAGCAGGGGUUUGAACCCAGAUCUCCCUUGCCCCCACUCCACUGCACCAGGCUCUCAGAAGGGCUACUUUAGGGGACGCCAAUGAAAAAUGGUGUACCAAGUUUGUACAUUUUGAAAUGUUGCACUUUCACAGCCAGGACACAUGGAGAGCAUGCAGAUGUUUCCUAAUGCACACGGGCUUUAGGUAGUUCUGAAGGGAUGGUUAAUUUGUCCUCCUCAGGUCACAUAUUGCCCAUUAUUUAAAUAUUAUGUUAUGAACAAAGGAGCAGCUUGUUUUUAAAACAAUUGAUGUGGGUUUGUUUUUUCUUUUGCAGGUGCUCGCAUCUGGCUGUUCAUUGGAUUUAUGUUGGCAUUUGGAUCUCUGAUUGCAUCUAUGUGGGUCCUCUUUGGAGGCUAUGUUAUUCAAGGUAAAGUAUCUGUUAAAGGCAACCUUUAAAAUUAGCACCUUAGCUUAUGCGUAUACAUUUUAAAUUGCAAUCAGGUUAAGUGCAGAGACCUUGUCUCUUGCAUUAUGAACACUACCUAUACCCUAUAACAGGCUUCCUCAAACUCAGCCCUCGAGAUGUUUUUGGCCUACAACUCCCAUGAUCCCUAGCUAGCAGGACCAGUGGUCUGGGAAGAUGGGAAUUGUCGUCAUAAAACAUCUGGAGGGCGGAGUUUGAGGAAGCCUGCCCUAUAAUAAUGAAAGUGUCUCUUAUGUCACUAUCCUACCUAAAAAAGGGGGGGGAGGCGGCUUCUGUGUCAUUUCUCUUCACCUUGUGCCUAAGCUAGUAUUCUCGGUGCCUGGCAAACACCUUUAUUUUCUCAGCCUUCUAAAUUAUUAAAAUAUUUUUUGUGAUUAUAGACACUUUGGGAGUGUUAAGAUCUGUGAAAAUUUCCUUUGCUGUGAGUUUACUACUAUAUUGAGUUGCAUCCUCUAGCUGGUUUGAUGCUGUAUUAUAGACUUUAUGGUUUAGGACAUGGGGACAUAGGAAGCUGCCUUAUACUGAGACAAACCCAUGGAUCCAACUAGCUCAAUAAUACCUACACUGACUGGUCCAGGGUUUCGGAGUCUCUCCCAGCCCUACCUGGAGAUGUUGAACCUAGCACCUUCUACAUGCAGAGGCUCUACUAUUGAGCUAUGACUCUUGAUCUUAUUUGUGUAUUUAGUUGUUUUUAAGUAAGAGAAUUUUGAGAACCAUUGUGACAGAAAAGCUGUAUAAAAGUGUUGUAAGUAAGCAAGUAUAUUCAUUUUCCAGAUUCUGGUAGCAAUGGUAGCAUAAGAAGGCAUUAGGCAAGCCCUGCAAAACUUAACAAAUCAGUGAGCUGGUCAUUGUGCUUUUUUGAGGGGUUGGGGGAGGCUACAAAUAAACUCAUGGACUUCAGAUAAAGGACAUUCUUUUUUCCCCUUCCCAGACAAAGAAAAGAUCUCUGUAUACCCUGGGAUAGCAGUCUUCUUCCAAAAUGCUUUUAUAUUUUUUGGGUAAGCAUAUUUCUUCCAUUCAGUUGAUUUGUUAUUCUGUGUUUAAAUCUCACAUGCAUGGAAGUUUAGUAGCUUGGAGCACUGUCAUUCAUACCAAACCAAUAUGUUUAGGUCACGGAAUAAUAAUAAAUAAGUAAAUUUCAAAUGGGUGAGCAGGACUGGCACAAACACUGUUGCACCAAAACAUCACAGAGCUAACACAGAGACACAUGGAAGUAUCUUUUUUUUCUAAAGCAGCCUUACGACCUGAAUGCUAAUCACACUUCCCUGAGAGUAAGUCUGGUUGAUCUUUGUGGGGCUUUGUUGUAUGAAAGAUGCAUAGGGCUGUGCUGUAGAAGACUAUUUAAAAUAUUUUUAUCUUCGCUUUCCAUAAAAUAUUUUCAAGAUACUGCUUUGCUCUGUUUGAUGUGACAAUUCCAACAUUCUAUGCAGUUAAUCCUGUCUCUUUUGUUAACAGAGGCCUGGUCUUUAAGUUUGGUCGCACUGAAGAUUUGUGGCAAUAA